AUGACUCAAUCAAUAGGACAAUAUGUUAGAUCAAGAAUUCCAACUCUUUUUAAACUUCAAUCAAAAUCUUUAAAACCUUUAAAUCCAAUUCCUGCUUUUAGAGCAAUGUCAAGAUCAGAUUGGAAUUUUUUCAUGAUGGGUUAUAUGGCUUGGACUGUUGAUGCUUUUGAUUUUUUUUGUACAAGUGUUACUGCAACUGCUGUUGCUAAAACUUUAAAUAGAUCUGUUACUGAUAUAACUUGGGGUAUAACUUUGGUUUUAAUGUUUAGAUCUUUAGGUGCUGUUAUCUUCGGGUUUAUUUCUGAUACUUAUGGUAGAAAACCUGCUUAUUUAAUUUGUUGUUUCUUAUUUUGUGUUUUUGAAAUUGGUACUGGAUUUAUUCAAACUUAUGCUCAAUUCUUAGUUUUACGUGGUCUUUUCGGUAUGAGUAUGGGUGGUAUGUAUGCUGCUGCUGCUGCAACUUCCUUGGAAAAUGCUCCUGUUCAAUCAAGAUCUGUAUUAAGUGGGAUUUUUUUACCAGGUUAUAAUUUAGGUUAUAUAUUUGCAAUUAUUUUCUUUAGAGCUUUUGAAUUUACAACUCAUGGUUGGAGAGCUCUCUUUUGGUUUAGUGCUGCUCCACCUGCAAUGUUAUUUGUUUGGAGAUUAUUCUUCCCUGAAUCUCCAUUUUUCAUUGAACAUAGAAGAUUAGAAAAGGAAAAAUUAUUAAAUCAAGGUGAUUCUGCAAAAGCAAAUUCUCCUGUUAAACAAUUUUUUGGUAAUUUGAAAAAUGGUGUCAAAAAACAUUGGUUAUUAUUUGUUUAUUUAAUUUUUUUAAUGAGUGGUAUGAAUUUUAGUUCUCAUGGUUCUCAAGAUUUAUUCCCAACAAUGUUACAAAAACAAAUUAAAUUAAAUCCUGAUCAAAGAACUGUAACAAUGGUUGUUGUUAAUCUUGGUGCAAUGUGUGGUGGUUUAAUUAUGGGUCAAGUUUCUGAAAUAACUGGUAGAAGAUUAGCUUUAGUUAUAUGUUGUGUUAUUGGUUCUGUUUUAAUUUAUCCAACUUUUUUUUCAGAUUCUCAAGCUCAAAUUAUGGGUGCUGGGUUUUUCAUGCAAGCUGCAGUUAUGGGUGCUUGGGGUAUAUUACCAAUUCAUUUAAUUGAAUUAUCUCCACCUGAAUUUAGAUCUUUAUUUAGUGGGUUAGCUUAUCAAUUGGGUAAUUUAGUAUCUUCUGCUUCUUCAACAAUUGAAGCUGAUGCAACUGAACAAUUCCCAUUACCUGAAAAAGGUCCAGAUGUUCAUGAUUAUGGUAAAGUUAUGGCUUUAUUUAUGACUGGUGUUUUCAUCUUUUUAUUAAUUUGUGUUAUUGUUGGUCCUGAAUAUUUCCAUAGAGAUUUAUCUGCUGGUGCUGAAAAUGAUAAAGAUGUUGUUAUUAUUGAAGGUAAUGAUGAAUUGAAAAAUCAAUCAGAUACUUUUAAUAAUGAACAAGAAAGUAAUUCUGAUCAAUAUGUUAGUUCUGAAUUUUUAGAAAUUGAUCAAGAUAAACCAAUUACUCAUCAUAGAGAACAUGGUUAUAAAAAAGAUGAUAAUAUUGUUUAG